AUGACGGACUUUGGGUUCAGCAAGGUAGUGGAGGACCGAACGUGGACAUUAUGUGGUACCCCUGAGUAUUUAGCACCAGAAAUUAUACAAAGCAAAGGCCACGGGAAAUCGGUUGAUUGGUGGGCGCUUGGUAUUCUAAUUUAUGAGAUGUUAGUAGGAGGUCCGCCCUUCUUUGAUGAUGAUCCAAUGAAAAUAUAUAGAAAAGUAAUGGACGGCCAUGUGGAAUACCCGGAGUUCAUUGAUUCGCGUGCCAAGGAUUUAAUUCGCAAAUUACUUACUCAUGAUAGAUCUAAACGAUACGGCUGUCUAAAACAUGGGGCUGAGGAUGUCAAACGGCACAAAUUCUUCAGGAAUAUAUCUUGGAUCGACUGCUACGAAAGAAGGAUCCCUGCGCCUUAUAUUCCAAAAGUCGCAUCGUCUGAUGAUGUCAGCAUGUUCGACUAUUACUCAGAAAACGAUGAAGGUAAUCACCAUACACUCCCUUCCCUUAAUCUCACUAUCUUCAGCUGA